GAGGAAGCGGUGUUGGAGGUGUUGAAGCUUGGUGAGGAGGGUCGGUCGCCGGCCGUCGCCGAGAGCGCGCUGCUCGCCGGCGCCGCCGCCGCGCGCCUGCAGUGCGGCCGUGUCCGACGCCGCGCGGGACUCGCUCGCCAAGAGCCUGGCGCGCUGCAAGAACGAUGAAAGUCGAAAGGUGCGGUUAAUCGCUCUGGGUAAUUUGCGGCGCGCCGACACUGCCGAACUGUUGCUGCAGCACGCGACGCGCGCGGACGCGACCGCCCCAGUGCGACUCGCGGCGCUCGACGCGCUGGCCGCCGCGCCGCGCGCCGCGCUCUCGCUCGAGCGGCUCGAGCGGCUCGGCGACCUCGCGCUCGACGACCGCGCGCCGCUCGAGGUGCGCGCCGCCGCGCUCGACCUGCACGUCACGCGCCUCGCGCCCGCGCCCUUGCCGCUCGUGCGAGUGGCGCGAGCGCUGCACCGCGCCGGCCCGCACGAGCUGCGACGCUUGUUCUGGCAACGGCUGUACGCACUCGCCGAUGAAUACGCCUCCGUGCGCGAUAUCAUCCCGAGGUUGGACCGUGAAUUGCUCGGUUGGAACGGACAGGCGCACGCGGGAACAUCGUCGGUGUUGGUGCGCGAGCCGGGAUGGACGAUGGGCGGGUGGCGUGCGGCACUGGAGUCGGUGCAAGUGGCGCGCGCGGGGCUACUGCGGCGCGGCGCCGUGGUGCUGCGCGCGCAGGCGGAGAGCGCGCGCGCGAGUGCGGCACAGGGUGCGUCGGGCGCGGACGCCGCGUACGCCGCGCUCGAGGCGCUCGCCGGGCGCGACGCGCUCGCCGCGCUCGACCUGUUGUCGGUAGAGGUGUGGACGCGCGGACUGGAAGCCAUCGCGGGUGGCGGCGAUAAUGACGCCGAACCGGAGGAUACAGCGGGAGGUCUCGCGUUGGCGGUCGCCGGUACGCGUAUGCGUGACAUCUCACUGUUUAAUGGGCAGGCUGAGUUAGUAGGGCACGUGUGGGCCGGCACGGCAAGUUCUCCGACGCCCGCGUUGCGUGCUUUGGUUCCGGCGCGUGCAGUGGAGGGCCAAGCGCCUCUCAUGCUGGGCGCGGUGCUGCAAUACCGGUGGCGCGGCGCGCUGGCGUUGGCGCUGGACGCGCACGCGCAGGUGUCACUGUGGUGGCGCACGGCGCGCUGUGAGCUCGAGCUGCGAGCUGCCGCCGCUGCACUCGAGGAGGCCGCGCUGCACACCGCCUGGGGCCGCGUGCACGCGCACGCGUUGCAGGAGACCGAGCCCACGCUGCGCAUCGCCGCCGAUCUCGACUUCUACGACAAGAUCGCGCUGUGCGUGCGCGCCUCCACAGAAGAGCACGAAUUGAGGAGCAACGUGACGCUGUGGAGCUCUGCGGGCGCGCGGCGGGCGCGUGCGGCGCGAGCGCGGCUGGGCGGUGCGCCGGAGCCGCACGCUGUCGCUCGGCGCGCUGUCGGACCGCGCGUGCGGCGCGCUGCGCACGGCCGACGCGCCCGCCGACACCGACACCGACGCGACCUGAGGCCACCACGAAACUUCACAUUCAUUCGCAACUUUACGUCUAUGAUCUGA